AUGGGUGAUAUUAAAAGCCAGAUUGGAGAAACUGUAUCCUUGCCUUACCGGCCGGUUCAUAUUUGUUUGGACCAGGCAGGUAGGCAUUGUUUGGUGGCGUAUAAUGAACCUCCCGGCCUCAGCAUUUAUAAAAGGCGAAGUUUGGAGGACGCUCCGUUCGGUUUCACUCAACGCCGGAUUGAGAUUUUCAGCUCGCCAUCUGGAAUUUCAUCCCUCCCUCCCGCCUAUAUUUCGCUUGAACGCCCGAAUGAAUUGCAUGUUUGUCGGUGUGGCCCGGAGGGCUUUGAUGCGGAGCUGCUUUCCCGUCAAACAACUUUAUUCGGUGGUGCAUCCAAAACAUUUCAAUUCUGCGGUACUGUUAGGAUUUACCCUAAUGGAAGGUUUGUUUAUGUAGCCAACAGAAUACUGGGCUGGUAUAACGAUAAUGGUCAAAAAAUGCUGGCCAAAGGCGGGGACGACAUUGCCGUAUUCGUGCUUGAUGCGAUAACCAAUCAGCUUAAUCCAAUCCAACGGAUAGACAGUGAAGGCGUCAUGCCGGGAACGAUUAGUUUUGAGAAUAAUGCAGAGAUGCUGGUACUAGCCAAUCCGUUUGAAAUGGACGCUUUGGACGGAGAUGAAAUGGAGCACAUCGCCCAAAGCCUUUUUUCAAAAUCCCACAACUUUUCAGCUUGA